AUGGGCGACGCUAAGACCAUCCUUAAAACGAAGAAACUAGCCCCUCCCAAAAUGACUGGAGGUGGACAAAAAACUACACAAAAAGAAACAUACGAAAAGAGAGUAUUAGAUACUCGGUCGGAAAUAUCAGGAGACGUUGUUGGAAAAGUUAUUUUACACGACCACCAACGGUUAGAAAAUACGUAUAAAAUGGUACCGGAUGAAGAACAACGGUUUAAAACUUUCAAGGUAGAGAAUCUUAUGAAAGACAUGCUAAAACAGAGGUUAGAUGGGAUAACAUACAAUGGACCACAGUGCGGCAUCAUUGCCAAGGAAUUAUCUGCGGACAUUAAACUGAAAGUUAAGGACCUUAAGUGGUCCCGUCAUAAGGUCGUGGUACAAGUGCUGGUAGGCCAGGACUUGGAGCAGAGCGUGAAUUUCGGAAGCAGGUGUCUGUGGGAUAAAAACAAUGAUACGUAUGCAUGUGCCAGGUACACAAAUGAGAAUGUGUUUGCGGUGGCAGCUUGCUUUGGUAUUUACUACGAAUGA